UGCCCCCAGCUGCCCCAUGGCGCUGCCCCCCCUGGGGGGGCUCCAGGGGCCCCGCAGGGGCAGCCUGCCCCUGCCCCCCAGGAACCAGCUGCGGCGGGAGGCAGCAGUGGAGGAGCCAGACUCGCCCCCCGAGUCGCCGGAGGGGUCGCCAGGGGGGCCGUACCGGGUGGUGCUGGCAGGCGAAAGUGGCGUGGGGAAGACAGCGCUGGCCGGCAUCUUCGGGGGGCUGCCGGACGGAGCCCCCCACGAGGACGAGCACCCUGCGGACACGUACGAGCGUCGCCUGGCGGUGGACGAGGAGCUAACAACCUUGAUCCUUUACGACAUCUGGGACCAGGGUGAGGCGGGCGGUUGGCUGCAGGAGUCGUGUCUGCAGACAGGCGACGCCUUCCUGCUCGUCUUCUCGGUGACCGACCGGCGCAGCUUCAGCCGCAUCCCCCAGACCCUGCUGCGCCUGCGGGAGGGCAGCCCCCACCCCGACCCCCCCGUCAUCCUGGUGGGCAACAAGAGCGACCUGGCGCGCUCCCGAGAGGUCUCGCUGGAGGAGGGCCGCAGUCUGGCCGUGAUGCUGAGCUGCAAACACAUUGAGACGUCGGCCGCGCUGCACCACAACACACGGGAGCUGUUCGAGGGGGCCGUGCGCCAGAUCCGCCUGCGCCGGCACCG